AGAAUGAGCCUUCCCUUGAGCUUCAUGUUUUACUUGGUAGCUUGUGUAGUAACAUUAUCUACGUAUAGGCUGUUCAGACUCUGCCAUAUUUCAGUCACUUGUUGAGAGAAGCUGUGCGGCAUGGAAAUCCCUCAACUUCGUCGCAGAGAAUAAAGGCGAAUGCAUCGAGACUCAUUCAACUCGAUUACGCAGCGUUUCAUGCAUCGAGCAAUUGUUGCAGUACGAUCAACUAUACUGGUUUUUCCAGAUUCGAGAACAUUUCAUGAAUCAGUCCGAACUUGCCAAGUAGGACCCGACGCACCUCGAGAGGUACAUUCUUCUUCCGGUAGACUACGGAUUCGCAAACAACAAAGAUUGUUUCUUCAUCAGUCACUACUGGCGUUCACGUACCCAUCCUGACCCGCAGAGUGAAGACUUGAAGUCAUUCCACGAAGAUUUAGAAAAGACAGAAUGGUCUUACGCUUGGGUUGACUGGACUUGCAUGCCUCAAGUUCCACGAAACGAAGCCCAAGACUGGUAUUUCCGCCGCAUGCUCAGGACUAUUCCCUUGCUGGUUCAAGAUUGCGCCUUUGAAUGGAGAUUUCCCACCUUUGAACCCCGGGCCUGGAUUCUUUUCGAGGUUGCGUCGUGGCUGCUUAAUCACAAAGUUUCUCAGUGGCUUACAGAUGACAUGGUGCAGUUCGCCUUACACAUUGAAGAAAUGGUUAGAGGUGAUGGCGUGAUACCAACGUUGGAGAAAUACGGAUAUCGGUGUACUAAUAGCAGCGAUCUUAGGCUUGUCACAGGGUGGCUGGAGAUAUUAGUUAUCCUGCAUAAAAUUUUACCGGAAUUACAGGUUCGGCAAGAGACCUUGGAUAAGAUCUAUCACCCUUCCGUGGGCACGUAUUGGAAUCCCGACUUGGGCCUGAAGGUGGAUAAGAAUGAUGGCACAAUAGUGCAUAACCAGAUCGUUUACCAAUUUACUCCUGUAUUUAGGCUUACCUCUUGACGGCUAAUUGAUUCAUAAUCUUACGCUUCCAGGGAAGAAACGUUUGGGGUUU